AUGAGUUUAGGACGAAGACUUGAAAAUCUGGACAACGGCACUAAUAAUGCACAGGACAAUGUAGACAAGGAGAACCAAGAGCAGCUCUAUGGCCUUUUCCUGACUGCAGCGGCCCAGCCGCUCAAGGCCAAGACUGACCUUCCAGCCUGGUCUGCUGCCAUGGAUGCCGGCCUGGAGGCCAUGCAGAAGUACGGAAAGGCUGCCCCGGGGGAUAGGACUAUGCUGGAUUCUCUGUGGGCAGCAGGACAGGAGCUCCAAGCCUGGAAGAGCCCAGGGGCUAAUCUGCAAAUCCUGAUCAAGGCAGUCGAGAGUGCAGAAGCCGCAGCCGAGGCCACCAGGAACAUGGAAGCUGGAGCUGGACGAGCCAGUUACAUCAGCUCUGCGCGCCUGGAUCAGCCAGACCCCGGGGCGGUGGCGGCCGCGGCCAUUCUCCGUGCCAUCCUGGAGGUCUUGCAGAGCCAGGAUGCGUGAAUGCCUCGCUGGGCCUCAGGGCCUCACUCGCCGCUGUGCCCAGCGGCCGCAGUCACUUAUUUCUGCCUUAGAACUGUCACCCUCCCCACGCCUCUCCCCCUCGGGGCCUGUCUUCUGAGUUCAGCAGGUCCUCAACCAGCCUGCAGGAUUCCUCCACUGUAGAAACUGCAGGCCCAGAGUGGGUCACUGACCUUUCCCUCUUCAGGGAAGGGGGAGUCCUAGGGUCACCCGGCUCUGCCCCCAGCCAAUCCUGAGCUUCGAUGAUAAGGCUUUUCCCUAGGUGGCAGCACAGUCUUUAACUGGCAACGCCAAUUUGGUUUUAAGACUCCCUGUGAAACGUCUUCUGCACCUGAACUGUGUGUAAAAGCAAGCCAAUAAACCA